AUGCAAAAACUUGUUCGUGCAAGGAAAGCUCAACAAUGGCUUUCACCACUCAUGGGAUAUUGUUGUUGUUGUUGUUCUCCACCACACCACCACGUGGUUCAAAAAAUUCACGGAGGACUACCCGAGUCUUUAUGUACCUCUUCUUCUUCUUCUCGAUUAUUAUCAUCAUCCAUUAUUUCUUCUUUCCACCAAAAUCAAAACCAUCAUUACCACCAUCACCAUAAUACAUUUUCUUCUCAUAGGAAUUAUCUGGCUGUAACAUCUCACUCCAAUUCUAGAAUCUCCACAACAAUGAUACUCAUUCAUCAUCAUCGGGAUAACAUGAGAGAAUUUUCUCGGAACGUUUUACAAUUGAAAAAGAGUGGAGUAGAGAACGAUCCCUUAUUAAAGAUUCUUGAUUUUGCAAAACAAGAAGCAAGAAUGAAAGAAGAAGGAUUUAAAAAGACUAAAGAUGAGCGGUUCUACACCAAAACAUAUAUUGACCCCGAAAUAAUGACUCCCGAGGAAAAACAAGAAUAUGAAAGUGGUGCUUUUGAUAAUGUCGAUGAAAAUGAAUUUGAAUCAUGGAUGAAGAAAUUGGAAAAGGAAGAACGAAUCAUGUCUCGUGCUCAUGAUGAGUCUUUUUUGAAUGAUACAAUUCCGAGAGAAAUGAAACAGCUCAGUUUUUCAGACUUGCUCGAUGAAGCAGAACAAUAUCUAGUUCAUGGCAAACCCAUUCCUUUCUUUAAUAGACUUGCAGACCACAUUCCUCGAGGACAACGGGAAGACAUUUUCAAACGACCUGAUUAUUCUCACUUUAAAAACAAUCCACCAACGAUGAAAGAUGCUCAAGAAAUGGUUAAAUUUGGAGAUGAAAAAUCAGAUCUUAUGGAGGAGAAAAAACAAGAGGUUUUCCGAAAAAAGGAUGGAAAGAUUGAUUAUGUGAAAACUGAAAGGAGCAUGUAUUAUCAGCCAGCUUCUAAAAACCUAAGUGUUUUUUCAUCUCAACAAGAAUCUUCUGGUGACGACAUGGGAUCUACGGAGGAAGCAUUCGAAUAUGACACACCCGAUGAUUAUGAAAGAGUGAGGGUUCCUGAUGAUGCCUUUUCGGCCUAUCACUAUUUUAGAAAUGAAGUUUAUCUGCGCCGACUGGAUUAUCCCAAAUCACGAGAAGAAGAGGAAGAAGAAAUUAGUGAAUUUUUCAUUGAAGCUUACCAUGAUAAAAAUGCUCCAAAAUCAUACGGUGACGAUACAUUGGUGAAGGAAUUUCUGUUAAAACGAUAUGGAAAAUUUGACAAGACAAUCGCAUCGUUAGAUGUUGGACAAAAUACUGCAACGCCCAUCACAGCAUUGAACAAAUUAUUUGAGAUUAAGGAUGACUUGAUGAAUGCUCAAAAACACAAGGAAGAUCGAAAAUCUGAGAUAAUUCUCGAUCAUAUUCACAAUUUAAAUCGAAUUGUUCUUGCUAAAGGACAAAUAGAAGCCAAGUUUGAAUACAAUCCAUCUACAGGCAGAAUGGAACGAAAAAAGAGAAUUAUUGAGGAGGAUAUCAUUUAUGAACCCAUCAAGAAUGAAGAUUUAAGUGAGGAAUACAAAAGCAAUCAUGUUAAACAUAUGAAGCGAUCCAAGCAGAAAUUUAUGGCAGAAACGGAAGAUGAAAUUGAUGAAGAAAUGAUGAAUCAAUACAUGAAAGAUUUGGAGAGUGACAACAUGUAUGAAGAUGAAGCCACAACAGAGGAGAUUUUAUUAAGUCGACUCAUGAGGAAAGUCAAUCCAAACAAAGAAGAUGUUGAAACUUUCACAGAGUCUGAAUUAUUGCAACUUCAAGAGCUUGUCAAUGAAUAUAAGGAUGAAUUUACCAAGCUUGCAUCAAGAAAAAGAAGAAAAUCAUAUACACCAAGAGCACCUACUUUGGAAAUGUUUUUACCUAGUGACAGUGAGCUUGAAACAGCCAUUGAGGACGAGUUUGGAGUGAGUUAUGACCAAUUUAGCCAAAUUCUUGAAGAGAAUCCACAACUGCAGCAAUUGAUGGCACAGGUCUCACAUGAUGCUGAUUUUGGUUUUCGAGCUCUCUCUCAAGCGAUCGUCGAUAUGGGAGGCACUCAAAAGGUCGAAGAGAAGUUGAAUGAAAACAGUAAGGUGAAUCGAUCGUUCGAAGAAUGGAUGAAGGUGUUUAGGAGUGACAGUGCCAUGAGAAAGCCAAUGUCAGAGCUGCUUGAGAUGUAUUCAGGAAAUUUCAAGAACAAGAAAUAA